CGUGCCUUCGGCGACUACGGGAGGUGCGAGAGUGCGAUCCUCGUGUUCGCGAUCAUGGAUACGUUGUCGAGGAGCCCGAUUCCGAGGGAGACUGUCGCUGUGGAGAGAAGGAACGCCGAAAAACCGGUGACAACAUUAUCGCAGACUCGUGUCGCUCAAUGAAGGAGCCAACUUCGAGAGAUCACGUGGUGACGAUUAAGAACUUGAGGAGGAUACGUCUGGCGAGAAUGGGAGAACAUGUAAUAAGUGCCUACUUUACCUACACGAGUAUACGACCGGUUCGUUUAUCGAUUGCUGGGGAGUGCUCGAAAUGGCCUCUUAAACACAUGCAGCUUGAACGGCAGACAGGCGGCACUCGGUACAUAGACGACGACGACGGCGGCGGCGGUGACGACGAUGGCGAUGAUUUGUUCACACACGUAGUGUAAAGAUUAAAAACUUUUCAACGACGUUAUCCGGAUACCUGUCCGAUCGGAGGGCAGCUUUAAAUAUCCGGAUGAUCCCAAGUCGUGUCAGCCAUUUUUCUCGGCAGUCAGUGCAACUACCCCAAACACACAAUGGUAUGAAAUUCCACAGCAGAUCGUGUUCAGCGGUCACGCGCGCAUCGACUGGACUAUUCGUUCGAGAAAUUCGCCCAACGGCGGAAUCCAUCGUGUUUGGCGUCAUUGCUGUUAGCCAGCCUUCUGCUCGAAAUACCAUCGCGCCAGGAGGAUUCUGUGGUCCUUUGUCUGCCUUACCUUGCCCUGCGCGAGAAAGACGCACCUGCUUGGCGUCGACCCCGGGCGGCAACCUGCCUGUUCGGCGUCCUCCUGUCGUCUCCCCCUCGUAGCGCGCCCUGACCGUCGCCUUCCUCAUGAAACCGUUUCACGACCGGCAGAUUGGACCACUUAUGGCUUGGACCCUUUCCGAUUCGCCCGUUCGAUUUUACUUACCAGGAUGGAAAGCGCGCGGAUCAUCUUUCUGCUUCACCUUUGCCUCUGGCGUAAGUAUCUCGGCGAUAUUCCCGGUACAUCCGCUUUCUACAAAUCUUAGAUGAAUAGAAAUCGAAUUACCGAUUUGGUACCGUUACGAAUCUGUAAUGCUAAUGGCCCUGGAUAACGAUUCUGUUCGGAAUGUUUAUCGUCGGACGCGAACACCCGUUUAAUUAUAUUGUAUUAUAUUAUCGUACGAGCUACGUUGCUCGGAAUAUUUGCCUAAUAAAUCAAUUAAUAAAUGUA